AUGGCGAGCACAUACGUUCCGCUAGGAUUUCGUUUCCAUCCUACUGAUGAGGAGUUGGUAUUAUACUACCUCAAACGGAAGAUCCUGGGUAAAAAAUUCGUCAUGGAAGUGAUAGCUGAGGUCAAUGUCUACAGAUUUUCUCCUUGGGAUCUCCCAGAUCAGUCUUGCUUGAAAACUAAGGAUCGACAGUGGUUCUUUUUCUGUCGAAGAGAGAAGUUCCCAGGUGGAUCUAGAGUGAAGCGUUCUACUGAGAAAGGAUACUGGAAAGCGUCAGGAAACGACCAACCCGUGCUCCACAACGGUAAAAAAGUCGGAACUAGAAAGACUUUGGUGUUUCAUGUGGGUCAUGCAUCCCGAGGGGAAAGAACAGAUUGGGUUGCACACGAAUAUCAUAUUCUUGAUGAGGAGUUGGCUGCAACAGGCCUUCAAGAUACAUAUGUUGUAUGGAAAAUCUUCCUAAAGGAUGGUCCAGGCCCUAAGCACGGUGCGCAAUAUGGGGCUCCGUUUAACGAAGCUGAUUGGGAAAUGGAUGAUCAAAGUGGUGAUCUAACUGUUGCAGCUGCAACUCCAUUACUGAAUGAAGAUCAAAUGAGUCGUCCUACCUUGCCUGGUCAAUUAACCAUUGAAGACUUCACUGAACUUUUGACUCCACUGAGUGAUGAUGAUUUGUUGAUUCUUAAUGAGUAUGGAGGUGCUGCCCAGAUGAAUGAUAACUCGGUCGUCAUUGAACCGGACGAGGCAUUGCAGCCAUUUGAACAACCUUGA